AUGAAAAUUUCCAGCCUUUUAUUGUUGGUCUGUUUAAUGACCAUUUUUGCUGUAUCCUCAACUUUGGCUGAUGAAGUUGAAUUGGAAAAUAACAAGCCAAUUAACUAUAGAAAUAGAGUAUUGGUUGUUGUUGAAAGUACACAAAUUAAGACUACCCACUCCAGAUUGUUCGAUGAAUUGAAGAAGGCUGGUUUCUCUGUUGAAAUCAAGUUGGCUUUUGACUCCAUCUCCUUGAUAAAGUAUGGCGAAAAUGUUUAUGAUCAUUUGCUCAUCAUGGCUCCAAAGGCUAAGAGACUUGGUGGUGAUUUGGAUGACCCAAGAAAGAUUUUGGAAUUUAUUGAUAGAGGACACAAUGUUUUCAUUGUUGCAAGCGAAGAUGGUUUGACUCAAAACCUCAGAAAGGUUGCCAUUGAAAGUGGUAUUGAAUUGGAUGAUGAUGGUACCAAUGUUAUUGAUCACUUUAACUAUGAUGUUAAACUUGAUUCUGACAAGCACACCACCAUUGUUAUCAAGGAUGAAAAGCAAUUUGCUUGUAAGAAGACAAACAUUUUGGGAAGUGCUCUCUCCAAGUUCUCCACACAACCAGUUUUGUUCAGAGGUUUGGGUAUGCUCCUUAAGCCACAAAACAAGUUAUUGGUUCCAAUCUUGUCUGGUGCUUCUACCUCUUAUUCUUACUCUACUUCCGAUGAAAGAGUCCAAACUGAACCUUUGGUUAAGGGAAGAGAAACUGUUCUCAUUGGUGCUAAUCAAGCUCGUAAUGGUGCUAGAUUGACUAUCUGUGGUUCUAUGGAUUUGCUCUCAAAUCAAUUCUUUGAUGCUUCCAUCACUCAAUUCAGUUUGGAUGGUAAUGCCAAGACUUUUGCUGCUUCUGGUAAUGCUCUCUUCUCUAUUGAACUUAUUAGAUGGGCUUUCCAAAGCAGAGGCUUGUUGAGACAUACUAAGGUUCAUCACUAUUUGGCUGAUGACGUAACUAAGACUCAACCAACUGCUUACAGAGUUGGUCAAGAAUUGACUUAUACUGUUUCCAUUGAAGAAUGGAAUGGUAGAGAUUGGGUUCCAUAUGUUACUGAUGAUAUUCAACUUGAUUUCAUCAUGCUCCACCCAUAUCAAAGAGUUUUCUUGAAGUUUGACGAAAAGGCUCAAAAGUACAGCGCUACUCUUAAGGCUCCUGAUACUUAUGGUGUAUUCAAGUUUGUUGUUGAUCAUAGAAGACAUGGUUUCAACCAAUUGAUCUUUGCUGAUCAAGUUACUGUUAGACCAAUGCACAUUAACGAAUUUGAACGUUUCGUUCCAGCUGCUUACCCAUAUUAUACUUCAGUUUUCGUCAUGAUGGGUGCUUUCGUCGUUUUUGUCAUUGUUUUGACUUUCACUGCCGAACCAAAAGAUAAGCAAAAGACUGAAUAAAUCAUUUUAAGAUUUUACUCUUC